AUGCCAAAGCAUAGUCGAUCGCGACAUGGGUGCGCCAAAUGUAGGCAAGGGAAACUGAAAUGCGACGAGAAAAGGCCGAGCUGUCGACAAUGUCAGCGACGUGGCAUUGCGUGUCCAGGCUACAUACAGGAAAUCCGCUGGUCCAAAAAGCACGAGGUCUUCGCGUCCAAAGAGGCGACAGUAGAGCCCGCAGUAGAACCUACAGAAGAGCCCGCAGAAGAGACGCGGCCCUGCCCUGAACUCCAACACCGGGCCCAAGAAGUUGGUCAGUCGCCUCAGGACCAGUCUGAGCAAUGUGCGCCUGAAGUGGCCAAUCUCUCCCCAUAUUCGCCGAGCUGUCGGACCCUCGCAGACUAUACGUACCUUCCACAAGGCGGCUUGAGCUUGCAAAACGGGAGCUUCGCCCCGCAAUCGGAUCCUUCUCCGGAGUUGUACUUCGCCAGCCCGGAUCUACGACAAAUGUUUCUGGACCAAAGCACCGUCUCCAAUACUGUUCUUCAGGAGAACACCGAAGCCCGGAUUCAUCCACCGGUGAGCACUCCUUCGGCAAAUCUCAGUACAGGCUCGGCUGCAAGUGGAGACCGUGACUCUGCGCUGUCAUCAAAUCCAGCAACCAUCGCAAGAGACCCUGUCCAGCAACGGUCGAGUCAGAAUUGGCAGAUAUACAAAGACCCCGAAGUGCUGCUGAAGUAUUAUUUCGACAAAAUUUGCGAAUUGCAUAGUACAUGGGAUGAUCCGGCUACGCCAUUCCGAGCGUUCGUGGGACGGCGACUGAAGUCUUCGCGAUUGAUCUCUUCAUGCGUGGCCAGUAUGUGCGCAAUUCAUCUUUUCAAAGGAGACCGCAAUAUGCUUCCGGUAUGCAUCGACUACCAUUCUAUUGCGGUCAAGAACCUGUCUGACGCUGUCACCGCUCUCGACUCGCGAAUGUCUACCAUGAACGACACGGUCCAGUCCAAUCCGACGGCAGGAGCAGGCCUGAAGGAUCAGCUUCAAGAGGCUCUUUUGGCAUCCAUUCUACUCGGAAACUCUUCUCCAUGGCUCGACUCAACUGACAUUGGGGUUCCUCACCUCCUCGGCGCACGAAAGUUGUUUGAAUACUGGCUUACAACUAUCGAAAAUUGGGUGCAGCACGAUUCGGUGCCACGAAUGAAGCUCGACCCGGAGCAGUCUUUUCUGGUUGGCAGUAUGGCCUACUGGGAAGCUUUGUUGGCCUUUGUGAUUGACCAGCCACUUGAUGCGGUCGAUUACCUCCUGCCCUUCUCUCAAAACCCCGAGGUGGUCGUUCCAAACAAUUGCACCGGUAUUGGCACCCCGGUCUUCAUCAUCAUGGCUCGGGUCGGGAUCUGCCUGCGUCAGCGAAGGGUUCUUGACAAACUGGCAGGCCUUGGAUGGGGGACUGAUGAAGCAUACACCUCACUAAAGUCCCGAGUGCUACAGCGCGCGGCGUCUUUGGAAAUGAGCGCUCUUCAAUAUACAUUGCCACCGACAGACAUUGUUCAGGGCCUCGAGAGCCGACCGGAGGUGCUGCAGCAAAUGCGAUCUUUUGCACAGAUGUAUAGGUUAGCAAGUCUCUUGGAGCUGCACCGAAAUUUCCCCGAGCUGUCCCAUCGCCCUUGGUUGGUGACCAGUCCUUCAACAAGAGACCCAUCGACUUCUGUUACACGUGCGUUCGAGAACACAGCUGUGGACGAUUUCAAAGACCGAUGGCGCCGGGUGCACGAGCUUGCGAGAGUGAUUCUGAGCCUGAUAGAGGACUUUCCCAUCAGACACGAGUCCAACAUGCACCAAACGCUGGUGCUCAUCAUCUGUGGUAGUGUCUGGUACUUACUUCCCGACCCCGAAUCCUUGUCGGACGAUGCAGCCGACAUCUCCACCCUUGACGACCAACUUGCGUUGAUAGCUAUGCGACGCCAGGCGGUCGAGAGAUAUCGCUCUUUCCUCCGUCAAAGAAUGGAGGUAACUUCCGGGGGCUGGGGUCUCUCAGAAAUCUUUCAGCGGGCAGAAAAGCUGUUGGAUGAAGUUUGGAAGAGAUUUGAUAAUGACACGGAGGGAGACAUGGCUCAGAAGGCGACGGAUGGCCUAUCUACUCUACAAAAUCAUUGGAUGGAUGUGAUGAUCGACUGCAAGCUUGAGACCCUUUUCGGAUGA